AUGAUUCAAAGAAAGGUUUGCGGUGAGCUUGGUAUCCAAGCUGAUCGUGUCAAUUUUGACAAAGGCACAACAAACAUGAAGGUAGAUUAUUCUAAGCACCAAGAUGGUAAGGGCAGAGGAACCUAUGGGAUGAAGAAAAUAAAAAAGUCGAGUUUAAUUAAGCUUUUGGAUAUGGAGGCACUUGAAUCACCACCUCCGAGGAAGAGUUUAUCUCAAUCAAAAAAGAUGUUACCUCUUCAUGUUCCAACCACUGCAGCAACUGCACAAAAGCAUAAGCCUUUGCUGAGAAAGUCACCCAAUUACAUGAAGCCUACCAGCAGUUCAGAAGCAAAAAAGGAGCUUUUACCGGUGAGUCUUCAGAAUACCCAAUUUGGCUCGGAUGGUAAGAAUCUGCCACAAAAAAGUUUGAGUAAGUCAAAAUCUAGUUCUGCUCCUUACAAAAAAACUGCAAAAAUUAUGUCAAGAUCAUCUAGUGUGAAUUUGGUGAGAACAUUAACGAAGACUCUUAGUUUUAAGCAAAGUAGAAUUUGUCCGAGAAAACCUACGGCAAUAGUGCUGCGUGCAGAUAUUAGUGCACCAUACAGAGCUACCUGCUCUUCAACUUUGAAAGAUUCCAAGUUCCCUGAACACCUCAUGCUUAAUACUGGAGGCAGUGAGUCAGAGGGAGCUUUGAUAAUGAAGGUUUGCCCAUAUAUAUAUUGUUCUCUCAAUGGAAAUCACCAUCCUCCAGAAAAGAGGCGCUUUUUCAAGACUCGGAAAAGUAUAAAGCUGGAAGGUUCUGAAAAAUUGAAGGUGCCUUGUGAGACAAGGAACGAUUUUGAUAUUGAGCCGAUUGUCUUUGAUGGAAAACCUGCAUGCGAUGAAGCUGAUAGGGGUAAUCCAUCAAGCAUUACCUUAAUACGAGAAAUUGGUAUAGAUUUCUCUUUUCAAGUCAAUGACAAGGAACGGGAAAAAGCAUACAAAAUGGGAAGAUCAGACGCUGUCAAAAACCUUGAGGAUCAAGAAGGUAUCAAGUUUGCAAUGGAGGGGAAUGGAAACAUAGCAGAAGAGGAAGGUGUCUAUCUAGUAAAUCCUUAUGUGCCUUGUGAUCUCACCAAGUCUGAGAUCAAUCCCAAGGUGGAAUUCAAAAACUACUUCGACGGUUCUGAAAUUGAAGCCGAAACCAAGGAAAGUUUUCACCAAAAACUAAACGCAGAAGAUUCAGACAAAAACCACCCACCUAACUGGUUUUAUGAAGGAAUAUGUACUGGAACCUACACCCAUGAGGUUAGCUAUGAUGAAGAACUCAUGGAAAAUAUUGAAUUGGAUGAUUCUAAUUCCCAAGGUAAAGAAGAGAAAAACACAUCUUUUGAUGCACAACCUCGUGAUACAAAAUUUGUCCAAGAAAGCUCAAGUGAAAGCAUACAGGCUGAUUAUCCGUCCAACGGCACUGAUCAUGAGUAUGACCUACAGUAUUUGAAAGAGGAAGAAUUUCAGUUUCUGACAAACAUAGAAGAUAAUGUUCGAGAAAUUGAAAAGCAUGUGGAUAAUGGGGCCAGUUGCACCUCAAUGGUACUUGAAGAAGAUACAGUUCACAAUCGUGAAGCUCACAAGAUCAGUGAAACUCACAUGAUUGAAGAGAGUCGUGAAGAUAGCAACACAAACCUAGAGAAUAAUGCUAAAGAAAUUAGCCAAAUGAACCAAAUUCUCUCAUCUGAUCUGCCUGGAGAAAGCUCCAUUAUAGCUCAGGACCACAAAUUACUGGAGGAAGAUCUAGUUACUGCCACUAAGUUCCAGACGAUAUGCUGCAAAGGUGGUGAAGGGCAGAACACAAGCAAUAAUUGGCAAUCGCUAGCUAAGAACAAGAGAAUUAUUCAAGAUGAUGAGGAAAUGAGAAUGAUCAAACCAAGAAAGCCAAAUUUCCUGCCCUUGGUUCCUGAUCCAAAACCAGAAAAGGUUGAACUGAGGCACCAAAUGAUAGACGAUAGAAAAAAUGCUGAGGAAUGGAUGCUUGAUUUUUCACUCAGACAAGCUGUUACAAAACUUGCUCCAGCCAGGAAAAAGAAGGUUCCAUUGCUUGUUGAAGCUUUUGAAACAGUAAUGUCAACGUCCUAA